AUGAAGUACUUUUACUUUGAUCUUUUGAUUCUAUUGUGUUUAUUGUUCAUUUCAAAUAGUCAUGAGUUAGAACAAGAUCAAAACCAAGCUUUGUUAGAAUUAAGAAUGUUUUUGGAGUUUCCUUCUUCAUUGCAAAUUAUGGAAAAUUACAAUGUUGAUUUUUGUUAUCUUCCUUCAUCUUCAAAUUUGAGCAUUAAAUGUGAAGAUAAUUCAAUAAUUGAGCUCAAAAUUUUUGGUGAUAAAUCUUUGAAACCCUCCUCAAGUUUCAAUGGAUUUGCAAUUCCAAAUCAAACCCUAUCCAUGAAUUUCUCAAUUGAUUCAUUUUUCAUCACAUUGACAAAGUUUAAAACCCUAAAGGUUCUUACUUUGGUUUCAUUAGGGAUUUGGGGGAAACUUCCUAAUAAGAUUGAUGAAUCUUUUACUUUGCUUCAAGUUUUGGAUUUGAGUUCAAAUUUCCUAUUUGGUUCCAUUCCACCAAAAAUCUCAACAAUGGUGAAUCUUCAAUCACUAACACUUGAUGAAAAUUAUUUCAACUCCACUUUGCCUAAUUGGUUUGAUUCUUUGUUUAACCUAACUUUCUUGAGUUUGAAGAAAAAUCAUUUCAAGGGUUCAUUUCCAUUUUCGCUAUGCAAAAUCAAGAAACUCGAAGUUAUUUCUUUUUCGCAAAACGAACUAUCCGGUGAAUUGCCUAGUUUCAAUUCUCUUAAUGGUUUGCAUGUUUUGGAUUUGAGAGAAAACCAUUUCGAAUUUGACCUACCGCGUCUGCCGAAAUCCGUGGUCACGGUUUUGUUUAGCAAUAACUCGUUUUCAGGAGAGAUUCCGAAGAAGUUUGGAGAAUUGAACCACCUUCAACAUUUAGACCUUUCGUCGAAUCGUCUUGAGGGUGUGCCGCCUUCGACGUUGUUUUCUCUGUCAAAUUUAAGUUAUUUGAAUCUAGCAAACAAUGUGCUUAGUGGUGAGUUUUCUGAUAAACUCAAUUGUGGUGGAAAACUCGGUUAUGUCGAUAUUUCUAGCAACAAGUUAAGUGGUUUACUUCCUUCGUGUUUGGCGAAUAGUUCUGAUGGUAGAGUUGUUAGAUAUAGUAGAAAUUGUUUAUCUGUUGAAGCUCAAAAUCAGCAGAGAAGCUCUUAUUGUAAGGAUUUCGGUUCGAGAUGGAAGAAAUUCAGGAUAUUGAAAGUGGUAGCAUUAGUGGCUAUUGUUGUUGGAUUUGUUCUUGUGGUUUUGGUGUUUGGAGUUUUUGUGUGUAAAAAAUUUCGUUUGAUGAAGAAAAGUAGAAAGGAAGUGUUAGUAAAGAUUGUUCAAGAUAAAUCAGCAACUGGUGUUUCAUCAGAAGUUCUUGCAAAUGCAAGAUUUAUUUCUCAAGCAGUGAAGCUAGGGACACAAACUAGUCCAACCUGUAGACAAUUUUCUAUCCGAGAGUUGAAGGAAGCUACCAAAAACUUUAGUCUGUUAACUUGUAUUGGUGAUGGCUCCAUAGGAAAGCUGCAUAAAGGUAAACUUGAGAAUGGAUCUUAUGUGGUGAUAAGAUCAUUUGUUCUGUCAAAGAAAUGCUCAAUUCAAAAUCUUAAAGCUAAGUUGGAUUUACUCUCGAAGCUUGAACAUCCGAAUUUGGUUAGUUUUUUGGGUCAUUGCAUUGAUGCCGGCCUACAAGAUGAUUCGAGCACACAAAAACUUUAUCUUGUGUAUGAGUUUGUGCCAAAUGGAGAUUAUCAUACUCGUCUAUCAGAAAAUUCUGCAGAGAAAGGACUUAAGUGGCCUGAUAGACUAGCGAUUUUGAUUGGAGUUGCAAAGGCGGUUCAUUUCUUACAUAUCGGUGUUAUACCGGGAUGUUUUAACAACGGAUUGAAAACAAAGAAUGUGUUACUUGAUGAACACUGCAUUCCUAAACUAAGUGACUAUGGUAUGUCCAUUAUCAAAGAAGAUAUUGAAAAGUUUGAGACAAAGAGUGAGAAGAAGUCAAAAUCAUGUCAAAGGACAAAAACGGAUAACGAUGUUUACAAUUUUGGAUUCAUAAUGUUGGAGUCACUUGUUGGACCGAUUACAUGCGACAAAGGUGAAACAUAUUUCCUAAAUGAAAAGGCAUCUUUUGGAAGUGAAGAUGGAAGAAGAAAGAUUGUAGAUCCAACAGUGUUGACAACUUGUUGUCAAGAAUCAUUAUCAAUUGCAAUAUCUAUAACAACCAAAUGUAUAUCUCAAGAAUCUUCAUCUCGUCCUUCUUUUGAGGAUGUUCUAUGGAACUUACAGUAUGCAGCUCAAGUUCAAGCCACAGCAGAUGCAGAUCAAAAAUCAGAUUGA